CCUUUUAACUCACGACUGUAUUGUGCGUUGACCUUAACGUGCAUCAGUGCACACUGGUGCAGUCCAACCGAAUUCGCUGUAACAUAAUCAGCAACGAAGGAAUAAAUAGUAUUCAGGAUGAAUAUAAUAAUUGAUACGAGAGGAGAUUCUGAGCUGACAAAUAAAGACCGAUUGAUAGAUAGUGAUGAUGACGAUGAUAUGGAAAUUAGAACCAUUGAUGUUGAUUCAACAAGGAUAUAUGAUGCAGAUUUUUUAGGCAUUAAAAAAAAAGAGCAAUCAAAAAGAAAGAGACUUAUUUCUAGUAAAGACUUUGAUCUUGAAAAGUUUGAAACUGAUAUGGGUUGGAAAUCUACAAAACCCUUUGAAUCAACAGAAGAAUUAACAUAUAUAAGAAAAGAAAUCAAUCCAUUGGACAAGAUUUUAAAGAAGAGUAUUAUCAAAUCAGAUUUUGAACGGUUACAUGUUGUACCACCUUAUGAGUUAAGUAAAUGCCAAUUGCAAAAGCAAAAGCAAUAUAAGAAACAAAAGAUGGGAACAGGCACAGGAUGGUUUAAUAUGCGAGCACCUGAAAUAACACAGGAGAUCAGACACGACCUUGAAGUACUAAAAAUGAGAUCUGUGUUAAACCCGAAACACUUCUACAAGAAAAAUGACAUGAAAGCAUUGCCGAAACACUUUCAUGUCGGUAAAGUUAUUGAUUCUCCGAUAGAUUUCUAUUCCUCACGUCUUAAAAAGAAGGAGCGUAAGAAAAAUAUUGUUGAUGAGCUAAUAGCAGAUGCAGAAUUCACAAAAUACAACAAGCGCAAAUAUAAGGAGAUUAUCGAAGAAAAGCAAAAGACACAUUACAAAGCACACAAACAUGGGAGAAGACUUAAAGAAAAGAAGAAAAAAUAAUAUACUUGAAAAGUUAUGUAUACAUAUCCCUAAAAAAAUCUUUAAAAAAAAAAAAGAAAAAAUGUACGCCAGGUAUAUAAAAAAGUAUUGUAUAUUAGUCUGUCUUAUGUUAAAAACAUGUUUUUAAAUUAAACUAUUCUAAAAAAAGAUUAGAUCAUACAGUUAGCUAGGUAUUUCAUUAGACAU